CCCUUUACUUCACCCCAAAAUCCAAAUGUCCAAUAUAAAGUUCGUGAAAGGUCAAAUUUAUGCCUGAAAUGGACUACCAUGCAUAAGAAUAUUGCAGAAGUCUCCUUCGAUGAGCCCUGUUCUUCUGAAGCAAUUAUUACUGCCACGUCUCGCGUGCCUUCUAGAAUGGAGACUGUUUUAACGGCAACCGAUGAAAAAGGCGGGACUAUGCACUGUGAAAUUAUAGUAGACAAAAUUAAAAGUAUUAAACUUGCGACAACCACUCGAGUUUUGAAUGUCGGUGAGCCAGAAAAAUAUUAUGUUCACGCCUUUGACGAAAAAGGCAAUUUAUUUUCCACUUUGAGAGGCUUGAAAUUCCGCUGGUGGUUUGCUAAUGCGAACCCCCCAAAGGAUAUACUGCGAAUCACUAAUCGAUUUGCCGACACAAAGUUUACUUCUGAUUUUAAUGAUGAGCGCUUUUAUACCAGUUGGAAUUUAGCAGAAGAUGUUUACGGAUUCGCUGUUAAGUUUGAAGCGUUGAGCCCUGGAACGAUUGACGUUUAUACAAAUCUCGCAGAAAGCGAAUAUAAAGAUGUAGUAGAGAUUUUUGCUACUAUUAAAGUGAAGGCUCCGUUUCAAGUAUCCCCGAAAGAAAUCUAUUCCCUGCCUGGAGUUUCUCACUGCUUUGCUAUUAAAAAAUUGAUAAAUGGCCGCUAUAUCGACGUGAAUGAUAUUGACAUCCUCGAAGAGUAUACCUUUACUAGUUCACAACCGGAUGUGGUGGAAAUUUCUGGACCUUCCACAAUUUUAACGAAAUCGAUCGGGCAGGCCAUCGUUACAGUAGCCGAAAAUGCGAUGCUGGAUAAUAUUCAAACUGCUGCUAUCUACGUGGUGCUGCCUGCUGCUAUAAAGUUUUUUUUGUACGAGUUUGAUGAAGAAAGUCAGAAUUUCAAUUCUUGUCAAGCAAUCGAUUCGACUUGGUAUAUGGUAGUGAAUAGAAAAUAUGUUUGGAGAACUGAAGUGUAUGACCAGCAGGACCAUCACUUAACUUUUGAAGACAUCCUCAUGGAUUAUGCUAUUCAUGAUUCCGAUAAAAAUUUACUAGAAGAGUUGCACGUUACUUCUAACCGAACUUAUCACGUAGUUAAUGCCAAGUCCUCUGGCUUUUUGCAAUUGGAAGCUUUUUUAAAGCAAUGCUCAUUCCAGCCCUGCGAAGUUUCAGGAAAGCAGAACGUUAGGAUUGUUCCGCCCGUGGAGGUGUCGCCUGCCGUUAUCUAUCUGCCUUACUCAGGGUCUAUUUACGACCACGUGGUUGCUAGUGGCGGAACUGGCUGCUAUGAUUGGGAGACUGGUUCUAGCGGGAGUGUCUCUUUGCGGGCUCUCUCCGACUUGAAUUCAGCCAGCCACUGUAAAAACCGCGUUGGCGUCUUCGCUGCCCAUUUUGGCUCCGCUCGACUAAAAAUAUCAGAUAAUAUAAUGAUCAACAACUUUGCUUUACUUACUGUGCACGUCGUUGAGCCCACCAGACUCGCUUUCGACGCUCCUCUUAUAACUCAAUACGAAGUUGGCUCUUCUGGGAGUGUUCCGUUAAUUGCUUUUUCUAAAAAUCUAGAGAGCAGCGAGCCUCUAGAAGUUCCUUACCACAAUAUUUCUGCAUUAAUAAAAGCUUUAACUUUUAGAAGCAAUGACAAUAAACUGCGAGCCCUUCAGCCGGUGUAUGACCCUUAUUCUGGCGCGCCACCUGUCCAAGCAGACUCUUCUGCCGCCACCCCACAAGCUGAUCAUCUCCGCACCUCCUUUUCCGUCGUUAAUUCUGGCCUCGCCCGUCUUUAUGCUCUUUAUAAAACCUCAUCUGGGAAGGAACUUUCCGCGUCUGCUGACUUUCUUGCGGUGGAAAAACUCCGCGUUGUAUCCCCAGCUGGGGUUCCCGUGGUGUCAUGUGGUUCAAGUGUAGUGUUUGAGGUGGAAGGCGCGCCUUUUCAUCUCGAUCAUCUGCUUUCCGCUUUCAACCCAGAGUAUGUCACCGAAGUGGUGCCUCAGAAUGCCGGCGCGCUUGGCCGCUCUCUUGCGAGUGGUCGCAUGGAAGGCAAUAAAGUGAAAGUCGGCGUGGCAUGCAAGAUGCCUGGUCGCCACGCGUUUAAUAUUUUCGUUGGAAAUAAGCAAUCGGAGUUAGGCCUGCAACCUCAGUCAGUUGUGCACGUGAUUCAUUGCGCUCAUCCGAGUGGGAUUUCUCUCGUGCAUGCGGAUGUUCUCACCCGCUCAGGUUGUAAUAGAGAUUCAAGAGAACUUUUUUUACAAACCAGUUCGUUUCAUUCAUUUAAAGUCAAAUUUUUGGACGAAGCGGGAACUGAGUUUACGAAUGCCUCCUCGUUGAACUACAAAUUAAAAAGCUCCGACGAGGAGCUCGCUUACUACGAUGAUGAGAUUCAAAAGUUAGUGGUCAACGACCACGGGCUUGUCGGACAGUUCUCCCUGGGAGUAUGCUGGACGGGUUAUCGCGAUUGUUCCGAGCACUCUUGCCAUUGCGUAACUGAAACAACCCUUUGCGACGCCCACAUUGUCCACGUGGUGCACCCCGUCAAAUUUUCGGUUGACCGCUUACAGUAUUACAUGCAUCCAAUGAACCAGCCCGAACUACAUGUUUCUGGCGGUUCCGGUUGUAUGUCUUAUCAAGUAAGCGACCCGUCUGUGGCAGCUGUAGAUAUUAGCGAAGGAAAGGCUAUGAAAGCGCUGGUCGCCCCCUUAAAGCCGGGCUCGGUAGUCAUUGAAGCUUCUGACGUCUGUCUCUUGCCUCAAAGCCACGUGAACAUCACAUUAUACUUUGUGGAUGCUGCUCAAAUACAAUUGAAAGGAAGGACCGUUAUUACAAUACACAACACUACUAUUAUGAGCGUCCGUGUGACUGACACAAACAAUGUUGUAUUUGAUGCCGAUCAGCUACAUUUUAUGCCUUUGAAGCCACAUUACGACUCCUCCGCUCUUUUAGUGAAACAAUUGGCGGUCGAGGAGUCGGUAGUGAAGUUUUUAGUGGAAGGGUUACAAACGGGCAGCCACAAGUUGCAGUUUAAAUUAAAGGCAAGUAGUAAGGAGCUUUCCUCGCACGCUGUGCACAUCGACGUUAUUAACACGUUCGAAUUGCUUCCCUCCAGUAUCCAGCUGAUCGAGGGAGGACACUUUCAGUUGUCUUUAUCACAUUUUUACACGUUUGGCGACGAGCGAGUGGAGGUCAAAGUUGCGGAUGACCACGUGGCAACCGUCGAUAAAUAUGGGGUCAUCUUUGCGCUUAACAAAGGAGUGACUAUUGUGCACGCGGCUUACAUGAGCUACGUGGAUGAGGAUUCAUGGAUAGUCGACCAUGCCUCCAUCAGGCGUAAUCCUGCUGGUCACGUGGUUACUUUUUCCAAUGUUGAAGUGCACGUAUCCGAUCUUCAGAAUAUCGCUAUUAUAUUACCUCAAACGACACUGGUUGCUGGAACCCGAGCGCCCGUCUUUAUACAGGGCAUUAAUGGAGAAACUCCACUCAUCUUCGGCAACUCUGGACUGCAUUUCAAGUGGCACUCUUCCGAUUCGUCCAUUAUCACCGUUGGGGCAUCUGAGACCGAUGUAAUAGCAGGAAAAAGUUUUUUGGGUGUCACUGAUUUUUCUGCAGUUAUUCAUGCAAAGUCUAAAGGCCGUGGUACUAUUUCUACAAUUUCCUUAAAUAAAAUGAAAAAUAAUAAACGGCUUGAAACUUCCGUUUUGCUCAACGUUAUUGAUCCUCUUGUUAUCUAUCCUUUUUCAGAGUCUAAUAACAAAAACCUUUUGAUGACUUUGAAAAGUAAAGCACAUAUAAAAACUAAUAAAGACCAUGAAAUUGGGACCAUCUGCCGCUUUCAGGUCCUUCUUCCUGGAAACGCUCCAAUUAUUGAGGUGGACGAAGCUACCGGGUACAUAUAUUCAAGCGAGUAUUACGGUUACUCUGCAGUCCUCGUGUCUUGCGUGGAAAAGGGCGUGGAACUUCGCGAAACUAUUCUGGUGGAAGUGCAACCUAUUAAGAUGCUGGAAUUAGUCCCCGUCGUGGGGUCGGGCACAUCUUCCCUUCAACCGGAAUCAUGGCAUUUACUCUAUAGAAAUGAAUAUGGAAGGAAGUUUGACGCUGUUUCUGAACUUCUUAUAUAUGAGACAGCAGUUGAUAAAAAUAUAGCCGAAGUCACCAUUCAAGCUUUUGACCAGAAACUGCAAUCCCCUCAUGUUUCAGUAAAUCUACAUACCAUUUCAGCUUUCCAAAAUAUGAAACCGCAAGAUGUCGUGUUGAAAAUUUGCUCAAAAUUCAUGGAGAGCGAAAUCACUUGCAGUUACGCUUCAUUUCAGCUGCAGAAAGAAAAGGCCGCCUUUCCUACUAAAGAGUUGGUCUCCCCAACAACCUCGUGUGCAAACAAAACAUUUGCUGAAGACUCCUCUAAAAAGAUUAAAGAGUUCUCUCAGUCUCUUAAAAAGCUGGAAGGUGAUGAUUCCAAAAACCGAGGAACUUUGUCGCAGAUGAUUGUUUUAGUUGCUUGGAUUUUUAUUAUUGUCAUUAUUUUUCAUCUCUAUUCCACACGGAUGCUUUCUGCUGAAUAUAAGUAGUUUCAACUGUUUAAAACUUUUGCGACUAUUUAGCUUAUCCGUAACGUAACUUUUA